UGCACGUGGUGUUGCCAUGCUAUGGUGCGCCGGUGAACAGUUUUGGCGGUGGUCAUUCGUCUUGCAUAGAGGUGAGCGGUGACCAUGAGGUUGUUUCGCCCUGAAUUUUGCGUGGGGGUGGCGGUGCUUUUGAGUUUCCUUUCGCUGACCAUUCUGAUGUUGUCUUCAGCGCCCAAUUCCAAUAGGGAGGCUGCGGCUACGGGCAUAGCACGGUCUCUGCAGGUUCGAACAUGGGAACGCGACUCGCAGGCUGUUGCCUCGUCCCCGGCGCUUUUGGCCUUGGAUAGUCGGCUGGAAUCCAUGGAGCGACACCUCCAGGAGUUGAGAGGCCCGAGCUAUGCGUAUCCGCAGUAUCCGGCCUAUGGACCGCCAGCAAUGGGUGCAUCCCAGGGGCAGAUGGACGCAUUGGUCCAGCAGAUGAGAGAGGCAUUUGCGAAGUCAACAAAGGAGAACCAGGUGGCGCCCCAACACCAGGACUACUGGGGUGGCUGGGAGGAGCCAACAACGACGACUCCCGUGUGGCAGGGGCAGAUCAAGGAACUUCGGGAGGCCGUGGAGCGUUUGUCGCACCAGACGGACGACCGAUUUUCGUCACUGAUGCAGCCUGGCAAAGCCAAAGGCGAAGUGUUGGAAGGGCUCUGUGCCCUGCAGAUGGUUGGCAGAUUUAAUGCGCUGCCGUUCCUUCAAUGCGACGGUCCCGACUUCGAUCCGCUCUGGAGGGAGCUGCGGGUCAUCAGCGCGGCACAUCGCCAGGACGUCAUGACCACCGCCAUGCAGCUGCUGAGCAGCGCCGCCUCCAAGGGCGCCGAGGCCGCCAGCAGCGCGGGCCUGGCCGCGCGCCAUGCGGCGCAGAAGGCGCGGGAGCACACGGAGGCGGCGGUGGUGGCGCGGAAGGAGCAGUACCUGGAGGUGAAGCAGUACCUGGGGGCACUUAAGGAGCGAGUGGAUGUCAAUGUGCUGCGGGAUGCUGGUUUCGGGCGAAAGGGCAGGUUUCUGCGGGGAGCUAAGGUUGAAGCCCUGGAGAGAUUCGUGAGCCUUUCCAAACCAAUCCGCGCCAGAGUGAUGCUGGCCCUGAGGGAGUCCACGAAGGACGCGGCCUUGUCAGACCCCGACAUGUGGAUCUGCGUGCGCGAGCGCACGGGGCGCUUGAUCGACCUCUUCUGGGACGACCUCACGCUCUACCUCGAAUCCAUGGUAUUUGAUGCCAAGGAGCAGCUCUUGAACCGCGCCGCGGACCACAAAGUCCUGGCAGAAAUGGGCAGCGAACCAAUGUGUUGCACACCCAGCUGGUUCCGAGCCAAGUUGCUGUACAACUACCUGCCCUUCGAUUUUUCGAUCUUCGGGCAAAUCAAAAGUCCGCUCUUCCUGUUGUUGACCCUGCUGUCCAUCACCCCGAUGUUCGGAAUCCGCGUGGCCUUUUUCACCAUCAUCCUCAUUUGCAUUGUGGCAGGGCGCCCACCGGAUGAAUAUCAGCUGGUGACCUUCAUUUUGAUGUUCAAGGGUGCACAGUUUUUGUCUUCAGGCGUCCUCAUGGCUUGCGUGGCCGCUGUGAAAUACUACAUGUGCGUGAAAGCUGAUGGGCACCACACCUGUGACACUGAGGGGCCGGGAGUUUCUCAAGAUCUGGUGACGAGUUCCGUGGAUUUUUUCGGCAGUUGCUUCCUGGUUUGGAUCGCCUUUCUGCUGCUGCCCUGCAGUCGCAGCUUCGGUGGCACCAGGGAUUUGGUCGAAGAUCCGGAAUCCGCUGCCGUUGGCUCCGGCUGUUGUGAGGAUUAUGACAAGAAACGUGGUGGACGGCUGACGGGGUUACUGGGAUAUGACCUUUGUUGCUUCCUCUUGAGUUGUGCCUUGAUCUAUGGCCUCACCAUGGUGGAUCUGGCCUCCACAAACCACGCGGAUCUGCAACGCGCGGCCACCGACAAAGAUCUGCUGCUGUCAGAUCUGCAGCGCUGGCAGUUCCGCUCGCGGGUCUUCUUUGGAAGGAUCUUGUAUGGUUUGUUGUCCUUUCCCUUCAUGGUGUUUCAGCUCCCUGUCCUCAGUGGCAUUUUGACCCAUACGAUCCCCACGGGCUACAAUUCGCAGGGCCUCUGCGUUCCCUAUCUCUUGCGACCCAUGCCGGACGCAGAAGGGGACGAUGGGGCUGAGUAGCGGCCACGAGUGCUCCAAAGUGAGUCGAAA